UAUAAUAAAUUGACCAUAGUCCCAAUGUCAUUUGGUGAACAAAAAUAUCCAGAUCACCAAUAUUUCCCAUUGAAAAUUAGCUGUCGAAUCUUGGUCUUCAACCAUCCGUUCGUAUGCCAGAUUUCAACGGUCAUAAUCAUAUCUACAAGGUAAUUUCUUUAGAUCAGGGCGGAUGUACAUUAAUCUUACACUACAGACGGUCCUGAUUAUUUAUAGUGGGUGCAUGUGUGGCCCAUCAGGCAACCCAUGCAAAACCAACUACAGUUCCAGGCUCAUAAGGUCUUAUAUAAAAAGAACAUGGUUAGCUCGAGGGUUCCUAUGAGAAAAUGAAUCCUUUAAGGGCAGAGAAGCCUCACGCAGUGUUCGUUCCAUAUCCCGCUCAGGGCCAUAUAAAACCUCUCCUAAAACUAGCCAAACUCUUCCAUUUUAGGGGCUUCCAUAUCACCUAUGUCCAUACCGAGUACAACUACCGACGCCUACUUAGGUCCAGAGGCCCAGAUUCUGUGAAGGGGUUAGAUGAUUUCCGAUUCGAAACAAUAACCGAUGGACUACCACCGUCCGAUCAUGAUGGGACACAAGAUAUUGCAGCACUCUGCAUCUCGACAAGGACCCACUGUGUUGUACCGUUUCGGAAACUGAUAAGGAAGCUCAACAACGACUCAUCCGUGCCACCCGUGUCUUGCAUAAUAGCAGAUGGAUUCAUGACCUUUACUCUACAGGUUGCGGAGGAACUAGGGAUCUUGGAGUUGGUGUUUUGGACCAUGAGCGCUUGUGGUGCUAUGACCUACCUUUAUUUCAGAGAGCUCAUCCAAAAAGGCUACACGCCUCUCAAAGAUGAGAGUUACUUAACUAAUGGAUAUCUCGACGCUCACAUCGAUUGGAUACCAGGUAUGAAGGAUAUCCGUUUAAGAGAUUUCCCAAGUUUCGUGAGGACCACUGAUCGUGAUGAUAUCAUGGUCAGUAUCGAGGGCGAGGAAGCUGAAAAUGCACACAAAGCUUGGGGUGUAAUUCUCAACACAUUUGAUGACUUUGAGUGCGAAGUCAUCGAAGCAUUGAGACACAUGUUUCCUCGGUUAUACACCGUAGGUUCUCUUUCAAUGCUCGUGAAUCAAAUUCCUCAAAAUGGGUUGGUGUCGAUUGAAUCAAGCCUAUGGAAAGAAGACCCCGAGUGUUUAAAAUGGCUGGACACAAGACAAGCUGGUUCGGUUCUUUAUGUGAACUUCGGUAGUAUCACGGUCAUGACGGCCCACCAGCUGACAGAGUUCGCAUGGGGACUUGCAAAUAGCAAGCUUCCAUUCUUAUGGAUCAUUCGGCCUGAUCUCUUGAAUGAUGACUCAACAAUCAUGCCUUUGGAUUUCAUCGAGGAGACCAAAAGAAGGUGUUUGAUUGCUAGUUGGUGCCCACAGGAGCAAGUUCUGGCCCACCCUUCUGUUGGUGGAUUUCUAAUGCAUUGCGGUUGGAAUUCGACUUUAGAGAGUGUAUGCAGUGGACUGCCCUUGAUCUGUUGGCCUUUCUUCUCUGAACAGUUUACGAAUUGUCGGUAUGCUUGCAAGGAAUGGGGAAUUGGAAUAGAGAUUGAUAACAAUGUGAAGAGAGUGGAAGUUGAGAACCUUGUGAGAGAAUUGAUGGAUGGAGAGAAAGGAAUGCAGAUGAGGAAUAAAGCCAUAAUGUGGAAAGAAUGUGCAAUUAAAGCUACAAAACAAGGGGGAUCUUCUUACAUUAAUCUGGAUAGAAUGAUCAGAGACGUUCUUCAAGAGUGUUGUCAAUGUGGAUGAUCAACGGACACGGAUUAGUUUGCGAAUCUACCUUGGCGGCACAUGCCAGAUGUAUGCUAUUCAACUUAUCAGGUGGGCCACACAAGAAUGCAGAGUGGUUUGAUUUUGAGUUAGAUGCUUGUCGGUAGGGGUGCGUGCGGAGAGCCGUACAGUACGUGUGCCAUGGUAAAGUCAGAUUCAAACGGAUUUGGUUUGUAACCUUAAUUAUCUUAAGAGAAUUUUACAAAUUAGUACCUCAUAAAUGUGAUAUUUAUAUCCCGUACCUUUUUAAUUAAGUGUUCAUUAAGCUA